AUGAGAGUGGCAGUGGUGGGUGCGGGUAUCAGCGGGCUAACGGCCAUCAAGUGCUGCCUGGAUGAAGGACUGGAGCCCACUUGUUUCGAGCAGAGCCAGGACAUUGGGGGAGUCUGGCGCUACACGGAGCACAUCGAGGCCGGCCGCCCCAGCCUCUACGCCUCGGUCAUCAGCAACACCUCUAAGGAGAUGUCAGCGUAUUCCGACUUCCCCUACCCUGAGGACUUCCCGGUGUUCCUGCCCAAUGCCCGACUCCUGGACUACCUCCGGCUCUAUGCCAAGCAUUUCAGCCUCCGGGAGCACAUCAAGUUUGGGACCACUGUUGUCAGGAUCCGGAAACGCCCUGACUUUGCCACCACCGGCCAGUGGGACGUGGUCACGGAGGCAGAUGGGAAGCAGACAUCACAAGUCUUCGAUGCCAUUAUGGUUUGCUGUGGCAAUUUCUCUGAGCCAUCCCUUCCCCUGCACUGUUUUCCCGGCAUUGAGAGGUUUCAAGGCCAGUACUUCCACAGCCGGCAGUACAAGCAUCCUGACGUGUUUCAGGGAAAGCGUGUCCUCGUGGUUGGCAUGGGCAAUUCGGGAGUGGACAUUGCAGUGGAGGCCAGCCGUGUAGCUGCAAAGGUUACUAUUUGCACCAAUCGAGGUGCCUGGACGCUCAGCCGUGUGUUUGACCAUGGCUAUCCAUGGGACAUGGUUCACAACACUCGUCUUAUGAGCUUGAUGAGAAACAACCUCCCCAGGCCCCUUUCAUGGGCAUUGAUGAACUACAAGGUGAACCAGCGGUUCAAUCAUGAAAACUACGGCCUUCAACCAGAGAGGAGCCACCUGGUGCGCGAGCCCAUACUGAACGACGACCUUCCAAGCUACAUCCUGACGGGGAGGAUCACCAUCAAGCCAGGCGUGAAGGAAUUCAAGGACAACUCAGUUGUUUUCCACAAUUAUCCUGAGGAGGAGCCCAUCGAUAUCAUUGUCUUCUGCACGGGCUACAACUUCUCCUUCCCAUUCCUAGAAGAAGCAGUUGUCAAGGUGGAAAACAAGCAUGCAUCCCUCUACCAAUAUGUGUUCCCAACCCAGCUGGAGAAGCCCACCCUGGCCAUCAUCGGGCUGAUCAAGACUUUAGGAGCCAUCACGCCCGUGGCAGAGAUGCAAGCGCGCUGGGUGACCCGUAUCUUCAAAGGUUUGUGCCAGUUGCCUCAUCAGUCUGUCAUGGAGAAGGAAGUAAAUGAGAAGAAGAAAAACCAAAUGCGAAGGUUCGGUCUGUCUUUUGAUGAAGUCCUCAAAGCCGAGUGGCUGCCCUACUUGGACACGAUCGCCUCCUUCAUCGGUGCCAAGCCCAGUGUGCUGGAGCUGCUCUUCAAAGACCCCCGGCUGGCCCUCACCAUUUUCUUUGGCCCCUGCACCCCCUACCAGUACCGCCUGGGGGGCCCUGGGCGCUGGGAGGGGGCACGCCAGGCUAUCCUCACCCAGUGGGACCGGGUCCUGAAGCCCACAAAAACACGAGUGCCUGCCAGCUCCUCCAGCAUCUGCCCUUCUUUCCUGACGGUGGUGGGGUUUCUCCUGCUCUUGGCUGCCCUGGUUUUUGGUUUCUGGUAG